GUAGGGAGUCUUCUUCUGCUUCCUGGACAUGACCAUGCUCAGUAACAGCUGUUAGUUCAGGACAUUCAUCAGGAUACCUGAAGCAUGAGAGAUUAAAAUUUAGCUUCAUAGUUUUCAGGAAGAUUACGUAUGGAGUCUAUGGACGUAUUAGCAGUGUUUUGCAUUGUCUCCGUAGUUUGUACAGGUUUAACCGAUGGAUCCGGCGUGUUGCCAAAUGAGUCUCUGGUCGCAGAUGUGGGAAAGAAAGUGCGUUUCGAUACCAUACUGUCUCCCACAGUAGCACCACCAUGGACGUCCGUGACCUGGACCUUUACUGUUGAUAAGGUGGAUAAACCCAUAAUAACAUCCACUACCAUAAACAAAACUGGACCGGCGUAUGAAGGCAGGAUCACCCUCUUCAUCGAGACGGGGUCUCUCGAGCUCAGGAACCUGGCUCUGAAUGAUAGUGGAGAAUACAAAGUUAGCAUCAUAACAGGUGUCGGGGACCAAAUCACUGGAUCCACCACACUGCAGACACUUGAUCCAGUCUCUAAUGUAAUGUUAUUGGUCGACGACACCGACCUGGUGGAGUUUAACAGCACGGUCCGUCUGUCCUGCUCUUCGUCUGGAUCGUCCAUCUCUUUCGUCUGGCUGAACAGCAGCUCCGAGGUCAUGGCCAGCGACAGAGUUCAUUUCACUGACCAAAACGCCACUCUCACCAUUGCUGGCGUAACCCGUUAUGACCAGGCGGCGUUCGCGUGUCGGGCGUCCAAUGCUCUCAGCGAAGGCACCAGUGAUCCACAGAAUCUUUUUGUCAGCUUUGGUCCGGAUGAUGUACAUCUUAAAGGACCUUCACCGGAACAAUACUUUGCCGAAGGAUCAAACAUCAUCCUUUCCUGCUCUGCUGAAUCCAGACCAGCUGCUGGCUUUUCCUGGGCUCUUAAUGGAGUGCAGCUAUCGCACAUCGAACCAAACCUAUUGUUGAUAAACAUUCAGGAGAACCAGAGUGGAAAUUACAGCUGUUUGGCUUCGAACAGCAGAACAUUAAGACACAAAGCAUCGCAGCCCCUGUCUAUAAAUGUGCUAAAGAACAUCUUGGACGCAUCAAUCGUGGUGACAACAAGUCAGCCGAUUGAGGGGAUGGCGGUGAAUCUUACCUGUGAUGCAGCUGGCUCAGUCUUCACCAGAGAGUGGAUGAAGAGCGACUCAGCCCUGGUCCUGGAUGACCACAUGGCGCUGCACGAAAACGGCAGAGUCUUGUCCUUCCACGCUGUGAGGAGAACCGACAGCGGCCCGUAUUCUUGUAUAAUAAGCAACCCCAUCAGCAUGGAUGACGUCACAUACGACAUGGUCGUUAACUGAGAUGGUCUAUGUGAACAUGACAAAGGAGGACUGCGGGACGGCCCAGUUUGUAUACCAGAACGACACUUCAGAAUACGCAGAGAUCUGAGUGAACAACAAGACUCCUGCGGCGUCCUCCCUUCCUACCUACGACAUCCACAUGCAGCGGAGAAAGAGGCGAGCUCCUCAGCCAUUUGAUACGAAUGAAGAAAUCCAAAUCUAACAUCGGGUUCAAUCGUGCUCAAACUGGUCAACAGUGAACGUGUAGUACCUUAAUGGCGCGCUAAAGGCUUGUGUUUGCAUAGUCAACAUCAGCAUUAGUUAAUCAUUCGUCUUUUUGAUUGUGGCGGACUCACAUGAUUUGUGCACACCUUCUAACGUAGUAGGACAAUUUAAAAAAAACAAUUUGUUUAGGAUAAUUAUGCCUCAACAAUCACACAAGAAGGUUUAACCAUGUUUACAUAAUACGAGGGCUGCAGCUAACGAUUAUUUUUCUAUCGAUUAAUCUAUAGAUUAUUUUUUUCGCUUAAUCGGUUAAUCUAUAGA